AUGAGUCGCCCGUUCAACAAGGUCGUGAUCGUCGGGGCUGGCCCCUCUGGUCUCCUCCUCGCCCUACUGCUGUCCAAGCACGGCAUUCCCGUCCACAUCCUCGAGGCCCAGGACCACCUCGACCAGCAACCGCGCGCCGCCCACUACGGUCCCGCCGCCAUCCCCGAUCUCAAGCGAGCAGGAAUCCUGGAGGAGGUCCGCCGCCGCGGCAUGACGCUGAACAAGUUUGUAUGGCGCCGUCUCGACGACCACGGCGUCAUCACCGGGUUCGAUGCGGGCGUGCUCCGCGACGUCGACGGCGAGGAUCUGAGGACCACGUGCCUCGUCCUACAAGAGCUCGACCAGCUCAUGCUCGACGAGUUUUUGGAAAAGUACAACGGGACCAUCAGCUGGGAACACCGCGUCGUCGGUCUCGGACAGGAUGAGGCUCGCGCCUGGGUCGACGUCGAGACGCCAGGGUCCGGGGAGGACAAGGAGAAGAAGGAGAAGAUGGAGAAGAAGCGGAUCGAGGCCGAUUACAUUAUCGGCUGCGACGGCGCCAACAGCGCCAUCCGCAAGGGUCUCUUCGGAGACGAGUACCCCGGCUGGACGUGGGACCAGCAAAUCGUCGCGACGAACACGUACUACGACUUUGCGGGGAAAUUCGGCUUCGACGACGCAAACUUCAUCAUCCACCCAGACCACUUCUUCAUGGCGGCCAAGAUCACCAGCGACGGCCUGUACCGCGUGACCUACGGCGAGGAGCCGAACCUCUCACACGAGGAGCUCCAAGCGCGCCAGCAGCAAAAAUUUAGGACGAUGCUGCCGGGCCACCCGGGGCCCGACGAGUAUCAAGUGGUCAAUUUCGCGCCGUACAAGAUGCACCAGCGGUGCGCGCCGCGGUUCCGCGUGGGCCGAUUCAUGUUGGCGGCUGACGCGGCGCACUUGUGUAACCCCUGGGGUGGGCUGGGGAUCACGGGCGGGUUCGUCGAUGUCGGUGGGCUGUCUGACUGUCUUGCGGGCAUCUGGGAUGGGGUGGCGGACGAGGGGAUACUGGAUAUGUAUAGCGAGAAGAGGCGAGAGAAGUGGAAGACGAUUAUCGACCCGAUAUCGCAGGAGAAUUUCAGGAGGGUAUCGGAUGCGGAUCCCGGGACGAGGUUGAGGAGGGAUGAGUUUAUGCAGAUGUGUGUGCGGGCUGAGAAGGAUCCGGGGUUCAUGAAGGAGUUGAUGAUGGGGAGCUUUGAGGUGAGGUAUGAUUUCACACAGCAUUAUAAAAAGUUGGAUGGUCAGUAG